CCAAGUUGUUAACAAUUCAAUGUGUACGUGUGGAAGUGCCAGCGUAGAUUUUGUUAAUAAUUAGAGCUGACUACAUUCAGCCCCCUACAUUAAUUGAACCGUUAAUAAAAUUUUUAAUUAAUGGGAAUGAAAUUGCUGACGAAAGUUCACGAGUUGCUGCGUCUUGGCCGCCUGAUAGCAACAGCAAUGUCGCGUACAAAGACAACGCAUGCACAUGACCCAGAACUGGUAGUAACCAGCGAGCAUCUCGAUCUGGACAUGCUCGAGCGUAAUGUGGAACUGCGUCACCAUAAAAAUAAUAUGCCAAAAAUACGCAAUCUAAUGAAGGCACUGCAGGAAGGGAACGAGGAAGUGCGCAGCCAACUUAAUGCUGAAUUAGAGCAAUUACCCAAUGCUACACACCCACGUCUACUUAACUAUAAUAAUAAGCCACGAGAGUUGGCGUACUAUGGGCAAGAUAAACCACCCACAAGCGUGAAAGAGUUUUCAGAGCUGUGCCGCGUGUUGAACUUGUGCCGGAUGGAUCAUUUGGGCAACUACACGGGACACAAAAGCUACUACUUGUCUGGACAACUUGCAAUGUUAGAACAGGCUAUUAUACAGUAUGCACUCAGGUCGGUCACUGAUCAUGGUUUCGAGCUAAUUUCGGUGCCGGACAUACUUCCAAAGGAGGUGAUUGAGAGCUGUGGCAUGCGUACAGAAGGCGAACGUACGCAAGUCUAUAAACUGGACACUGGCGAAUGCUUAUCAGGCACCUCGGAAAUGGCGUUGGCUGGUUAUUUUGCCAACAAAGUGCUGGAUGAGGAGGAGCUUCCACUAAAGGUGACCGCCGUGAGUCGUUGCUUUCGUGCCGAAACCUCAAGUUUGCAGGAAGAGAAAGGCAUUUAUCGAGUGCAUCAAUUCACAAAAGUAGAAAUGUUUGCCAUAUGCACGCCACAACAGUCCGAAAUAGAGCUCGAGGAGUUUAAGAACAUUGAAUUGGCGCUUUUCAAGCAACUGGGAAUCAAUUUUCGGCUGUUAGAUAUGCCUCCAUGCGAGUUAGGUGCUCCAGCUUAUCAAAAAUACGACAUUGAGGCAUGGAUGCCCGGUCGCAAUAUGUGGGGAGAAAUAUCUAGUUGCAGCAACUGCACCGACUACCAGGCCAAGCGUCUCAACAUUAAAUACAAACAGAAAACUGGUGGAAAAUUAGCAUUCGCACACACAAUCAAUGGGACUGCGACAGCGAUUCCGCGUCUUUUGAUUGCUCUCAUCGAAUCACAUCAACGAGCAGGCAAUGUAGAUUUACCAGCAGUUCUGGUGCCCUUUAUGGACGGACGACAAAUUAUUGCCAAAGACAAAAGAAUUCCUGAGACUAAGCUUGUUAAGUCUAUUAAAGUGUCAUAAGCUGGAUACUAUGUUAAGUGAUGGUAAUCACACAUUAACCGAUUUAAAAAAUGUUUGUUUUAAAUAUAAAUGUAUAUAAUGGUUCUAUCUAAUUGGUGAAUCAGAUUUCAGAUAAUAAUUAAAACGCUUACCCUUCAACACCACCGAAAUAUGUCAUUGUAGUACUCCAAUCCAAUGAUUUAUAUCAGUUGCGGCUGCGUUGGUUCUGGACGGCGUAAAUAGGCGUACACACAGAUUCUAAACCAAUUAAAUAAAAAGCCUGUAUUUAAUUUCAGCAAAUAUCAAAUAUUUCGUCACACACAUACACAUACAUAUGACAAAUAAUAAUAAACACAUUCAACAGGUUGUUGUCUAUAGUAUUGGUCCACUUGGCAA